CUAAAUUUAAAAAUAACAACCUGUCGUAUUGAUUUUUAUUUUUGUUAUUUCGUGCCUAUCAAGUUCUGCGACCUACUAUCGGCAGAGUAGUACUCCUCUACAUCGAUAUUUUGUCACUCCAAAAAAUCUCUUGAAGAGACGAGGCGGAAUAUCCUAUUCUUUGAUAACAUAUGAUUCUAAUCUUGACAUAGAUAAAGUUAUACAUACUGUGCCAUCAGUAUAAGGUUGUAUUUGGAUAACAAAUCUUUAUGCACACAUAGUAUUUAAAUGCACAAAAAUGUGUUUCAUAAAAACAUUUAUGUGAAAAGAUUGAUGUAUCACACACAGUCCCUUCAAAAGAUCAUUGUGUGCUAUAUAUGAUUUAGAAUUAUGAUUUUUUGAAAAAUUAGUCAAGUGUCUAAUUCAGAAUAUUAAAUUAACUUCGAUCAGAAUAUAUUCAGAUCAAUCAUGUAAUAAUUUUAUAUUCAAAUAUAAAAAUCUGUUUUUCAAAUUCUACAUGUUCGAAAAAUGGAUUAGAAAUUUUAUAUAUUUAAGGGACUACUAAAGAUAUAAUUAAAAUUUCAUAUGUAUAUAUAACACUCUUAUGCAUUAUCAAAUUUUAAUCGUAAAUGUAUGACGUAGCGUUUUGUCCAACGAUCUGGCUGGGGUGACUUGGUCAAUUUUUGACUUACUACACACUAUGUAGAGUAGCUAUAUAGAGUUUGGCAGGGCGCCGGCGCCGAUCUCUAUAAAUAGCAGGUGCGACGCCGACCGCCGCUCGUAACAGACAAAAUAGCGACAAAGACGGUGGAAGUAUGAGGGGUGAUUGCGAGGGGGUGAGCGGCGCGCGGCAGUGGUUACGGACAGCGAGCGGCGCAGCGGUAGUAGUAACGGAUAGUAGUCGCGGCGGCGGAUAGUAGUAACGGGUAGGCUAUUCGUCAGCUCCGAUCCGGCCGCGACGACGAUCAAUCGAGCCGGCAAAGGGGUGACGUGAGAGACACUCCGAGGGUUCUCCAAAUUUUUCCAAAAAAAAACUCGAGUUCGCGUGAGUUGACACAACGCAAGUGACGUGAAGGAAUGAAGCCAACGACGAGCGAACGCUCCAGAAUUAGCUUUUAAAAAUCAUUUACAAAGAAGAGUUCUACAAUUGCAUUUAGAAAUUUAUUCGCGAAAGGUCGCGAUGUCACAGAAGAACACAAUUGUUUCUGAGAUUUGUAACGAGAAAUCCUGAUACUGGAGAUAUACUUAAAUUUGAGGAUCGGCUUAGAUAGCUAGGACGGUCAAUCAAGAGUGUGAGAAUUCAUUCGUAUCUCGACUAUGUGCCGGUGUCUCGCGGGGAUCAGAACACUGAGAUUGUCGUCGUCGUCGUCAGUGAUCGAAUGCGGCGUCGUCGCGUCGGCAGAACGCAAGACGUGACUCCGUUUAUACAGCUGGUCUAUCAGUUGAUUCGGCCGCUGAAAAUAAGAGAGGUGAUUAUGUAAACGGAUUGCGCUGGAAAUACGCGGAGCGAUCGUCCCGUGGUUCCCAUUGACGGACGGUGAAUUUCCUUCCUGAUGAAAGAGAGAGACUAAUUAUAUUCGUGCCUCGUGCGACGAGGUUACUAACCAGCCAACCCUCCGACCUGCGCUUGCGUACAUAUUUCUUCAAGAGGGAAUACGAAUAUACAUAUCCACAAUGGCUCUAGUAAUGUUACCAUGUGAUCUGCCUUGGUGGCCGGCUGUGGUGAAACAACUAGAUAAAGCCGCCCUGGCAAAAAAUUCCGAGGACCUAAUAGAUGCGAUGCAACGAUUGCAUGAUAUGUGCAAUAUAAGUCUCGAUCCCGAAGAAGACAUGCAGGACGCAGAUUUAUUUUCCAUGUUGGGGACUUUCUUAAAUAAAGAUCUCGAUCCUGUGGAAAGGGAGCAGGUGUUCACGAAGACAAUACCGCGAAUGGUGGAAAGAGCUAAGGAUUUAAAAUAUACUAAACCUCCGCAAGGCUUACACUUUAGUCUGCAGCAGCAAGGUGAUAGUGUCGAAUACAGUUACGCCUUCGUCUCCUCCUUAAUCGCAAACGCGUUCUUCUCGACGUAUCCGAAAAGAACCACAAAGACACAUCCCACAUUGCGCGAUUUCAAUUUUACAAACUUCUUCAGACAUCUUUACAAAAACGCGCAGAAAGCCAAACUCAAAAGUAUCUUUCAUUAUUAUAACUAUCUCGAGACGGAACAUGCACUCGAUGGUCGUCUGAUAAUUUCAAGACAGGUGAUGACAUCUAGGCAAUGGCUAACCAUUGAAGAUUGGUUGGAAAGUAAUGUACCUUUAUGUCCGCUGACGAUACGUCACGAGGGUCGGUUGGAGAGAGUUGAGAUGGAAUCCAAAGUGCUGCAAGUUUGUUUUGCAAACGCUAAGAUCGGCGGCGGUGUGCUCGAUGGCGAUAUCACGCAGGAGACUGUACAUUUGGCGACGCAUCCGGAAAUGCUCGCCGCGAUACUAUCUGUCGAGGCCUUAGAAGACAACGAAGUAUUGAUAAUCGAGGAUGUCAGGCACAUGUCGAGGAUAAAUGAUCCGCGGCACAAGGCGAUAUUCGAGAAUAUCUCGAAACCGAACGUGGUAACGGUCUGCUGCAUAGACCCCGAGGAUUAUUCGCGACUACCGUUGACGCAAUUUGAGGAGGACAAUAUUUUGAGGGAGAUGAACAAGUCGCUGUUGGGAUUUCGUCAAAGACACAUGCCCAGUAGCCCUACGGAUCCGAUCAAGAUGGAUCAUCCGGAUGCGGAGGUCGGCCUAGGCUCUCGCAGAUUGUCACCGAUCGGCGAAAGCUUCAGCAGUACCCCGCCGGAAACGGAGAGCGAGGAAAAAGUCUUCGCGGCGAGCAGUAAUUCCAAAAUAGAUAAGCAGCUUCCGCGCGACGAGUAUCACAAAUUAGAGAGCACGGCGGAAGUGCGUAGCAGGCCUAACGGUAAAUCGAUGAGACCGCCGAGUCCUCACAAAGUGUGCAAGGAUGCGAGCUGCACGAACCGAAGGAAUAGAUUUAUCGUGCUAGGAUCCAGCGGGGAGGUUCUGCCGGUGACGCGACAGCUCGGUCAGAUGUCGGUCUACAGCAGUUGCAACAGUCAGAGCACGGACAGUUUUCAUAGUGCCAAGGAGACCAUCGACGAGGAACCUGAGGAAGAGGAGCAAAAGCUUAACAAACGUUAUAGCGCGCAAUUAGAUACGCCUGAGAGAAGAGGAACUUUCGCGCAGCGAUUGAAAGACGCUCUGAAGCGGGAGAGCACGGCAACCGGCGGAAUGACUUCCUCGGACACUUCCUCCGGUGAGAGCAGUUAUGCCGUUGGUAUAAGUGUUAGCGGUAGCCAUGUCGGCGAUCAAGAUAUCAAGGUAAGAAGAGGAGGCUCGAGAGGUUUCGUUUUGCGGGACGAGACGGUAGACGAAGAGUUCCUGAAGGAAUCUCUAGAGGCCGAGCAAAAGUGGCUAGGCCGAUUUCGGCAAAGUCAGGGACCCAUGUUUCAAAGAAAGGAUACGAGCGCAAGUAGCAAAUAUAGUUUCAGCACGGAAUAUAAUUCCGAUUUCUGUUCCGAACUGGAGGAGGUCUAUGAGCAAUUGUCAAAGUGGCUGGAGGAUCCGAUAGUGGCGGAUGAGAGCAGGGAAUUGGAUGCGAGGGAUCGGGCGGUCGUACGAUUCGCCGGUUCACUUCUGAAACGCGCUCUAAGCGAGUCGUUUGCCGGUGUGCCGCUUCAAGAAGGCGAACCGCAGCCGUUCAUCGAUGCGAACGAUGUGAGCCAACAACACAAGCUGGCUUUAGCCGUGAGGAGUCUCAGCUUAGAGCUCGCCCGACAAAAAAAUCGACGACAACAAUCAGUGAUUGAAUCCGAAGAUGUAGAUUGCUAUGAGGAUGCCUCGAGCGAGAUGGUAAGAGAGGCGAAGGACGCCCAACGUAGGAAACUUUGGGCCGUCACGUUCACGUCAGAAGUGUUCCAAACGUUGGUUGAUGAUCAGACGACCGUAUGCCUAUCUACACCGCCAAUGUCCGAGUCGAGCCAAAUAACAAACAAGUGUGAGAUGCGCGAAGCAAGCGUGCUCGGUAUCUCGGAGUUACCGCAGGAGAACAGUCCUCAAGGAGGGGAUUUAUUGCCCAUAGCUACAGGCAACUGGGGAUGCGGGACUAGGUUGAAGGGCGAUCCGCAAUUAAAACUCGUAAUUCAAUGGCUCGCCUCUUCCCUGGCAGGAGCACCAAGAUUAAUCUAUUAUACUUCUGGCAAUCCCAGUCUAUCUAAGUUAGAUACCGUAAGCAGAGUUUUGAUGGACAGACGUUGGUCGGUGGGCGAUCUGGCUGCCGCGACAUUGAAAUAUGCCGGGCAAAUAAUCGAAGAACAGAUGGAAGGAAGGAACAGUCUCUUUGAGGAAAUUAUUGGUAUGGACAAACCGAGUCCUUAGCCCGAUUCAAUGCUGUCCGUUCUGGUGGACGUGCUGGCUACCAUGAUCGAGGACAGCUUGAGAGCCUAAUAUAUAAACAUGCUCUCCCGCGAGAGGAAUACAUAUAUACAAAAGAAGAAAAAGAAUAAACGGGUAUAUAUAUUUAACUGUAGAAUUAAACGCGCAAGAUCGAGAAUUAUAUAAUUGUAAUUCGUAUAAGCGUAGUCUUAGUAGGCAAAACGUAUUAUACGAGUUUUAUUUCAGCGAAAAAAAGAUCGAUCCUUGUUUUCACUUUCUGUUCAAAAUUAUUCUCGUCUAUAGCAUAUCAAAAUGAUAUCAGGCAAACUCGCACAAUUCGUCGUACAAGGCAAUAUAUCAAAUAGAGAAAAAUGUAUAGUCGCUGCGAUAUUUUCUAGUCUGUAGAAUAGAGACAUGCUGUCUGAUCAGAUUGCAUUAUAAGAACUUGCUGCAUUUCCAAGAAGCAAUGUAGGAGGAAAAAAAAAAAUAAUGCGUGAUAUACCAGAAGCUUAGUGUUGUGUCAUUAAUGACACAUUGUUGACAGCAUGAGAAAUUCUUUACAAUUUCAUGGUCUAAUCAUGUCACUUGUUUAGAAGUCAAUUCUGGUUUUACGUUGUAUGGAACGAGUAACUGUUUGGUGGGAUAUACAGUUACAUGCAAUAAUUAAUGAGGCACAAUAUAUUAAACUAUAUAUUUUGUACAAUAUUUUUAAGUCGCGUUCUAUUUAAAUCGGAUUAUAUAUGUAUAUAUAUAUGUAAUAUGUGAAUAGAUUUUUAGAAGGGAACUUUUAGUAUUUUAUAAUAAAAUAUUAAUAUAGAUCAUUUUUUUAUAAAGAUGAAACUUACAUAUAUACAUAUAUCGCUGCUAUAAAAUCAUAAACUCGAUAAAAAGUGGGUAAUAUGGCCUACGAAGAAAAAGAUAUGCUUUGUAGUGUGUAAAUCAAUUAAAAAGAGGUCUUCCAUUAUUAAAGCGAAACAUGUGAAAGUAUCUGUCCUAAAUUAAUAUAUAUACUCUCUACAUAAUUCUCAUUUUGAGCAAUGAUAGGAGUGUUAAAAAAAAUAUAUAUAUAUAUAUAUUUAAAAUGUGCAGAAUAUAUAUAUAUGAAGUAUAUAUUAAUAAAUUUAUAUCACAAUAUAUAUAGAAUUUUGCAUCUAUUCGAGAUUUCCUGAUUAUAUUUUAAUAUGUAUAUAAUUUGCAAUAUAAAUUUUAUUUUUCUCUUGUGUUGACUAAACAUUAAAUUGAUGUUAAUAUAAAAUAAAAUAUCUCUUGGAACGCAUCACAGUUUUUAUUAAUAUCACACGUUAUUGUUAAUCAAAAUGUAUUAAACAUACCAUUUAUAUAUACAACAGUAUUUAACAUAAAUAUUAUUUCUGGAUAAUAUUACCGAGAUAAUGCAUGUUUCGGAUAAUUCCAUUUUUUCCACUUUUUCUCUCAUUUGUUAUUAAACUUUGAUUUAAAAAAAAAUUGCAUAACUUCUCUACUUUUAUUUAUGUGCUCGAUACACAAUAUAUAUCUACAGUAGUAUUCAAACUAUCCCUCAAUUAAAUUGGCUGUUUAAAUUUUAAUCCUGAGUUUGGUACUUACUUAUUUAAGAAGUAAAAAAGACCAUAUAUAAAAA